AUGAAGUGCACUAACCUCUUUGCUGCGGCGUUUGCUGCGCUUGCUUUGGCACACCCUGGUUCGGCUACACCGUCUGCCGAUCUUGCCCUACAGAAGAACGAGGUGUCAUCUCCAUACAAGGCUGGCCACAUAGGGGUCGAUCCACACGACACAACAAACAAGGCGCCAAUUGUUGGAGGUUCUUCUUCAGAUGAGCUGGGGCUUGAUGAUACCCACACAGACAAUGCCGCCUCGUUCUACAUGGCGGUGUCGAUGAUUACCGUAAGUGAGAUUGGCGAUAAGACCUUUCUCAUUGCUGCGCUUAUGGCAAUGAAAAACUCGAAGCUUGUGGUGUUUUCGUCGGCGUUUUCGUCGUUGGCGGUCAUGACAGUGUUGCUGGGCAUCGUGGGCCACGCAUUGCCCUCGUUGAUCUCGAGGAGAGUAACCCAAUUCCUUGCCUCGGUGCUAUUCGUGGUGUUCGGGAUCAAAUUGUUGCGUGAAGGUCUCUCGAUGUCGAAAGAGGCAGGCGUAGAUGAAGAGUUGGCUGAAGUCGAGGAAGAGUUGGCUUCGUCUCAGAUGAACCACCAUUUGGAGAAUUUGGAAAGCGGUGGUGCCGCUCAAGAGUCCAUCUCCCCAGUGAGAAGCGCACACUUGCAGAGCAAAACCUGGUAUUCCGAUAUUGGCCAUCAGCUAGAAAACCUUGCGUCAUUUGUUCUCUCUCCCGUGUGGAUACAGGUUUUCGUCAUGACAUUCCUUGGAGAAUGGGGUGAUCGUUCGCAGAUUGCAACCAUUGCAAUGGCAGCAGGCCUGGAUUAUUGGUUCGUGAUUUUAGGUGCUGUUGUGGGCCAUGCCUUGUGCACAGCGGCUGCCUGUAUUGGCGGCCAGCUUUUGGCCACAAGAAUAUCAAUGAGGACAGUUACGUUGGGUGGCGCUGUGGCCUUCUUCGUGUUCUCCAUCAUGUACUUCUACGAUUUCUACACAUACAGUGAAACUGCCGAGUAG